CAUCAGAGACCCCGGGCCUCCAGCUGCUGGCGCCAAAGGUUCUCUGUGUCACUGGUCCCGCAGGUUGGCAGCACUGGGUGGCCGGGAGGCUCUGUCACGCGCCCUCGAGAGCCCGCGCUACUCGGGGCCGAGGAAGCAGCCCAGGCCGGCGCGGCGGCGAGGAUUCCGGGAACGGCCUCGGUCCGGGGCGGUGGAGCGAGUCGGGAGGCUGGGCCGGGGCGGAGGAGCGGAGACGCCAGCUCGCGACCUCUGCCCGCUCCCCAGGCUCCGGGGACCCCCAGAUGUGGGAAAAGAAGUCUGCUGAUAAUUCAGUCUGCAGAAAGUACGGCGUGCCUGCCCUCUGGGAUGUGUGGUUUCCAGGCCCUUUCUCAGCUCCUGUGCCUGCUGCCGUGGUCUUGGUGGCACCCUUCCCCAGUGGUCAGCCCAGGGCUCCCCCCGUCCAUGCAGUCCCACGCUACCACCGUCCAGGGCCUCAGCGACCCCCUCUUUGCGGCCUACGCUCUCCCCACCUUCAAGUUCCAACCUCGCCGUGAGAGGAUGGACUGGAGGCGCAUUAGUGCCCUGGACGUGGACCGCGUGGCACGGGAGCUGGACGUGGCCACCCUGCAGGAGAACAUCGUCAGCGUUACCUUCAGCAACCUGGACCGGGAGGUGUGCGGCCGCUGCGGGCAGCCCGUGGACCCGGCGCUGCUCAAGGUGCUGCGGCUGGCGCAGCUCAGCAUCGAGUACCUGCUGCACUGCCAGGACUGCCUGAGCGCCAGCGUGGCCCAGCUGGAGGCGCGGCUGCAGGCCAGCCUGGGCCAGCAGGAGCGCGGCCAGCAAGAGCUGGGCCGCCAGGCCGACGAGCUCAGGGGCGUGCGGGAGGAGAGCCGCCGGCGGCGCAAGAUGAUCAGCGCCCUGCAGCAGCUGCUCCUGCAGACGGGCGCCCACAGCUACCAUGCGUGCCACCUGUGUGACAAGACCUUCAUGAAUGCCACCUUUCUCCGGGGCCACAUCCAGCGCAGACAUACGGGCGUGGUGGAAGGUGUGGACCCCACAGGAAAGCAGAAGAAGCAGGAGCAGCCAGUGGAGGAGGUGUUGGAAGAGCUCUGGGCCAAGCUGAAGUGGACCCGAGGGGAGCUGGAAGCGCAGAGGGCAGCGGAGAGGCAGCGGCAGCUUCAGGAAGCAGAGAUCACUCGCCAGAGGGAAGCAGAAGCUAAGAAGGAAUUUGAUGAGUGGAAAGAAAAAGAGCGGGCCCAGCUAUACGGGGAAAUAGACAAGCUCAAAAAAUUAUUUUGGGAUGAAUUUAAAAGUGUUGCCAACCAGAAUUCUACGCUAGAAGAGAAACUGCAGGCACUGCAGUCCCACAAGGUGGUGAAGUCCAACCUCGGGUCCCUGCAGGAUGAGGAGCCCGAGGAUCGACUCAGGCAGUCUCAGGAGCUCCAGGGCCUGAAGGAGAAGAUGGAGGUUCAGAAAACAGAAUGGAAGAGAAAAAUGAAGGCAUUGCAGGAAGAGCAUGCAGCUCAGAAGAGAGAGCUGCAGGAGCAGAACGAGAGGCUCCAGGCCUCCCUGUCUCAGGAUCAGAGGAAAGCAGCUAUCCAGGCCCAGCGCCAGAUCACUGCCCUUCGCGCCCAGCUCCAGGAACAAACCAGGCUCAUCGCCUCCCAGGAGGAGAUGAUCCAGACCAUGUCUCUCAGGAAAGUGGAGGGGAUCCGCAAGGGCCCGAAGGCUGUGGACACAGAGGAGGACUCUUCCGAGGACGAGCUGGAGGACGCCCGCAGUGGACAGCAGAAGGUGCCGGCAGCUCUCAGUCGAAACCCCACCUUGCUGAAGCAGUUCAGGCCAGUCCUGGAGGACACCCUGGAGGAGAAGCUGGAAAGCAUGGGGAUAAAGCGAGAUGCAAAGGGAAUCCCUGCUCACACCCUCCGACACCUGGAGUCCCUCCUGCGAGCCCAGCGGGAGCAGAAAGCGGGGAGGUUUUCUGAAUUUCUGAGUCUGAGGGAGAAGCUCAUCAAGGAAGCCAGCAGCAGAGUGAAGGAGGAGAGACAGUGGAACAGGGCCCCGGUGUCCCAGCCAGACGGCGAGGCUCCAGUCAAAAGCCAGCAGAGCACACCGGUCACCAAAGAGGCCCAGCCAAAGGCCAGGACCCUGCACGUGGCACAGUCAUCCAAGCUGGCAGAGUCCCCCGUGUCACCUCUUCAGAGCCGCCGUAGCCAUGGCCCGGGCCUGGCUCAGGGGCCCACCCCUACUCCUGGCUCCAGAGCGCCUGGACCCUCCAGCACCCCGGCUUCCCUGGGGCCCGGGCUGAGCAGUACGCCCCCGUUCAGUUCUGAAGAGGACUCGGAGGCAGAUGCCGGCUCUCACGUGUCCCUCCAGCCCCCGAGAGUUCCUUCGAGGAUGGGGCCCCGGCAGCAGGAUAACUGGGACUGGUCUGACACCGAGACCUCGGAGGGGAGCGCCCAGACGCCUGGCAAGGGCUCAGGAACACUGGUGCGGUCGAUGGUCAGAAACCAUGAGAAGCCUGCUGGAGAGGUCAGUCUGUUCUCCAAGCCCAGUGCCGGGCCACAGAGGGCUGCUGUGCCAGGAGGGAAGCCCCAGCUUUCUGAAGAGGAGAGUGACUUGGAGAUCUCUUCCUUGGAAGAUCUCCCCCAGGACCUGAACCAGAGAGGGAAACCAAAGCCCUUGUCUCGCUCGAAGCUCCCAGAGAAGAUCGGUGCCAGCUCCUGGAGCCCUGGUCAGCCCAGGGUCCCUGGCUGGUGAUCCCGCCCCGGAGCCUGGCGGCCAGAGGACCAGCCUUGUCGCCCAGCUGGGUGUGGCUGGCUCACGGUCCACCCCAACAGAUGGGGCUGCUGGGCCUCUUGUCUUCACCAGUAACCGAGAGGUCUUCUCCCCUGGAGAGAAGCAGAACAGAAGAUGGAUAUGAUCUCUCCAGCCUCCUGUGAGGGGCCCUGGCAGUGCCCCUGGGUCCCAGGGCUUGAGAAAGGGUUGUAACAGGACCUCAGAGCAGCAUCCUUCCUCCAUCUCCACGUUCACUCCAGACUGAAAGGAAACACCUGGUCUCUAGUCUGGAGCAUUCUGUAAACCUGCAGGAACACUGUAGAGAUGGGUCUUUUAUGGGGUCCUUUUGGGGACUUACGCCUGAGCCAGUCACUCACUGAUUGACCCAAAGCCAUUUACUGAGGUCCACCAGCCUCUCACUGCUGAGCUGGGGUGGAGGCAGAGAUGGGGGGUGAAAAGUACAGGGUCAUAAUCUGUUGACAGAGAUUAGGAUGCUGUGGGAGCGCAGACAGAGCCUCCCAGUGCAGGCUGGGGUGACCUUGGAGAGCUUCCCAGAGCUGGUGUCUGGCAGGGCCUGCUCGUGGGUGGGAGGGAAGGAGGGCCUCAUAUCCCCAAAGGACCACAAAUUAAAUUUUUUUUGUUUGUUUUUUUUGCGGUACACGGGCCUCUCACUGCUGUGGCCUCUCCCGUUGCGGAGCACAGGCUCCAGACGGGCAGGCUUAGCAGCCAUGGCUCACGGGCCCAGCCGCUCCGCGGCAUGUGGGAUCUUCCCGGACCGGGGCACGAACCCGUGUCCCCUGCAUCGCCAGACGGACUCUCAACCACUGCGCCACCAGGGAAGCCCCACAAAUUAAAUUUUUGAUAUUAUUUCUAAAAUUAGGUUAUGUAUAUAACUACUGUACUUUUUUUUAAUUUGAAAAGCAUUAACUUAUUAUAUGUAAACCUUUAAAUACAGCACAAUGUUUCUCACUCUCUGGUAUUUCUUCCUGUUUUUGGCCCUUUAGCAGGGGCUGGAUGGGGGCUGGAGCCAUCUGUACCCCAACUGUGUCAGUUUAGGGCCUUUGGGGCGCAGUUGCCAAGAUGGAGAUAGGAUUGCAGUCGGUUUGCUGGGGAGUCACAGCGGCGGAGGAAGCCGGAUCGGGCAGGGAAGGCGCUCACGUGCAAUGCAGGUCUGACCCCUGUGGGAGAAGGGAGAGCGGGAAGCAGGGGGAGCCCCAGACCGCCUUGCCUUGUGGCCGACCCCCCACCAGCCCUGUGGGAGCUCCAGAGCAGGCACUGCCCGCCAGGGAGUCCCCACUGGGCAGGAGUGGCCAGGACCUCGUGCCCCCAGCCUGCUUGGCCGUUGGCUGGGGUACCCAGGAGAGUGAGACCUAGUUGAACAGCCGUUGUUUUCCCUAAAGGGAAACCCAGCCGUGCACCUCCAGGCCUCACGAGUAGAGGGAAUAGCGUGAUGAACCCACGUUCCCAACACCCAACUUCAACCGUUAUCAACUCAGCUCGUGGCCCGUCUUGCCUCACCUAUCUCUCCCCACUACCUCGGGUCUGUCCGUCUCCACAGCCCUCCAUCCAGGCUUCUUUGGACCUCUGGAUGGUCCUGAUACCUGGGCUAAACCCUGAAGUUCUAGCAGGAGGAACCAGGGGAAGUGAGGAGGAAAGGCACUGCA